UCUAACAACAACAAAAAAAUUACAUUCUUAGUGUGUCUAAAAUUUGUGAAAGUUCAGCUCAACUCAGCUUGACUCGACUACACAACUCAACUCAACUCAGCUUAACUCGACCACAUUAAUGGAGAUGAUCAUAGAUGGAGAGCACGACCCGAUUGUGUUCUUUGAUUUGGAGAUGAGGUAUUCAAAUUCGGGUCAAAAUUGGGUCCUAUUGGAAUUCGGAUCGAUAUUCGUAUGCCCGAGGAGGUUAAUUGAGCUUGAUAGCUAUUCGACCCUGAUCCGACCCGAUGAUCCGUUAUUCUUGGAUACUUUUUCGGAUCUUUCUAAUGGUAUCACAAGAGAAGCUUUAGCUUGUGCCCCUCACUUCUCUCAAGUUGCUAAAAAAAUCUACAAAAUCCUUCAUGGGAAAAUAUGGGCUGGACACAAUAUUCAGAGAUUUGAUUGUGUUAAAAUUAAAGAGGCAUUUGAUGGAAUUAAUAGGCCAUCACCAGAAUAUAGACACUUGAUUGAUUCACUUCCAUUGCUAAAUAAAUGGUUUGGAAAGAGGGCUGGAAACAUGAAGUUGGAUAGUCUAGCAGCAUAUUUUGAAUUUGAAGACCAAGUACAUAGGAGUUUGGAUGAUGUCAGAAUGAAUCUUGAAGUUGUCAAGCACUGUGGAAGUGUUUUAUUCUUGGAGUCUAUUUUUCCGGGCAUAUUUCCUCAAGCUUCAUGGAUUUCACCUAAUGAAGUUUCUAUACCUUCUAUUUACACGAUCCCAGCCUCCUUCUACGAUGGAAACAACCCUAAAAUACGUGUUAUGCACGAUGAUAGAGAUUUGAAGCUACAUUGUAAACGCCUCAAUGUUCGAUUUGGAAUCAGGAUAUUCAAUGAUGUUAACCCUCGACUCACUUUCGUGGUAGAUGCCUCUUUUCGUUUACGUGAAGUUCUAGAUAAAUGUGAUGUUCAUGUGAAGAAGAGGUACGCGGAAUGUGGUGGUGAUUCAGAAUGGAAGCAUGUUGUUAACAGAGAUUAUCAGAACAUUUGUUUGCAGUUGAAAGCUAGAGUACUGGAUGAUGCCAUUGUUGAAUGGGAAACAAAAAUAGAGAUAGAUCAUAAUGGAAUUUACACCAACCAAAGAGUUGAAUCUAGUAAUUUUGACUCUGAAGAAUUAGAGAGAUUGUUCAUUCCUGGGAUGUAUGUGGAUGCAUUUUUCUCUUUUGACACCUUUGAUAGUAAGAAAGCAGGAAUCAACUUAGUCGUCGAUAAGUUGAUUAUAUAUCACUAGUACUUUCUAACGAGUUAAUCUGAGCUUAAACAGGGAAAUAUGAUCAGUCAGAAUACAUAUAGCCGAUCGACCCCAAUUUGUUUGGGAUUGAGACAGUGUUAUCAAUAUUGUUGUUGUUGUUGUUUACUAUUUUGGCUUGAUUAAUAUCUAUUGUGAAUUGAUAUAUAUGAUGUUAUGUUAUGAAUGUACCAAGUAUGUUAACAAAGGAUUUGAUGAGUUUAGUUUUAUCUAGUUUUUAG